CUUCUAAGCCUAAGCCCAACCUUACGUUCUCUGAAGCCUAGCCAGUAUGAAGUCAGUGUUGAUUGGGUUGGGCCGGGUUAGACCUGAUUGAUUGUCGAAGACGGCGAAUUGCGAAAACGAAAUGAUUCUGUAAUCUACCAUUCUACCUUCGACAUUUCGUCAUGGAUGUCUCCUGUUAGUUGCUAAGCGCGCUAUCCCAUCUCGUAACAAUCCUCAAAUUGCAGGUUCAGAGCAGUAGUGUCGAGUCUCGAGUCUCGAUUCUCUGGACUAGCGAGCCGAAGGAAAACGAGUAGAGGCCAAGCCAUCGAAACCCAGAGACUGCACAACCACCGGAGCUAGAACUGCUCUUCCUUCUUCGCUCAAAUUCCUUCUCGCAAGUCUGGAUCCAUCCAUAACGGGUAAUACUUCUCUCUGGUUGAGUAGAGAACCCAUUUUGUCCUCUUGUCUCAAUAACUAGGGUUCCUGAAAAAAUGGCCGCAAGAACGCUCUCCUUAUUGCAUAGUCCCGCAGCAUCUUCACAAUUCGAUUGUAGAAAACCCAAACAGUCUUCUCUAUCUUCCCCUACGAAUCUCAAACUAGACGUGUUGGUGAAUUCUUUGCUUUCGAAUCAGCUAUCACUUCGUUCCUCGCGUUUGAGGCCUCUCCUUCGGAGACCUCGGGCGGCUGUUGCGACGGUUUCGUUUUGUCUUCCGACUGCGAAACCAGAUAGAGCUUCCUCUGAGAAGACACCCAAAUGGUCAUCGAGGGCGAUUAAGUCUUUUGCUAUGGGAGAAUUGGAAGCUAGGAAGCUUAAGUACCCCAACACUGGGACUGAAGCUCUUCUCAUGGGGAUCUUGGUUGAAGGAACUAGUCAAGCAGCAAAGUUAUUAUGGGCAAAUGGAAUUACACUUUUCAAGGUGCGAGAGGAAACUGUAAAGUUACUUGGAAAAUCUGACAUGUUCGUCUUCAGUCCUGAGCACCCUCCACUCACUGAUUCAGCGCAAAGGGCCCUUGAUUGGGCUGUAGAUGAGAAACUGAAAUCAGGUGAAAGUGGCGAAAUAACCACAACCCAUUUGCUUCUUGGCAUAUGGUCUGAAGAAGAAUCAGCAGGUCACAAGAUAAUGGCUGCCCUUGGUUUUGAUGAUAAAAAAGCUAAAGAGCUCGCUAAGUCAGUAAGUUCCAAGAUUGGGAUGUAAUGGCACACAAAAAGACACGACCUCAAAUCUUCACCAAAUGAACUUUGAGCCCCCAUCAAACCCAAUAAGCCCCAAAGACAUACGAGUCAAAACAUUCAAAAAAAGAAAAAAAAAAAUUCCUUCGUCUUUCCAGACUUCCAUUUCCAGCCUGGAUUCUUCUAGAAGUUAAAUAGCAUCUUGAAUCUCACCAUUUAUGUAAUAGCUGUUGCUCCCAGACUGGAUGACAAUGUCGUUUUGAGCUAUUGGUAGGGAUGUUAGAAGGUUCAAGACUUGUUGCCCAAAGCUCCUUUGCAGUACUUCACAGAGAAGAGCAGCUGCGUUGUGGUAUUGUUUGUUAUAAAGAAAGUUGUUCUGCAUGACUUCAUACAGGUAUGUUUGAUUUGGUAAGGCACCAUCAGGUGCUCAUGUAACCAUCGUUGAAUUCUAUAAUUCGUUCUAGAUGGAAUUUGAUUCAAUUUCCUGACUGGAUUUCUGUUGUAACUGCUACUCUGCCUCCUAGACAGUCCAAUUUCUGUCUAAUUUCAUUUUCAGCCUUGUUCAGAAUAUUUGGUUAGUGAUUCCUCAUUUUAUCAA